AAAGUUCCACUUGAAGGGCCAACUGACCAAACGCACAGCCAUGUUGCUGCUGUGGAUCUUCCUCUCCCUGGCUCCCUCUUUUCUCCUGCCUGCAACUGGGGAGGUGGUACAAAGUUUCAGACCCUGCAAUCAGUUCUUCUUGGGUGGGAAACCCCCCAAUUUGAGCCCGAUAAAUCCAGCCAGAAUCUGCCAGAGGUAUAGAAACCAGUAUCGGUUUGCCACAAUGUAUGACAAGACUCGGCGCAUCCCCAUGUACUCGGCAUAUAAGUAUAACCGUGGUGCAGGUGAACGAUUAGACGAAUGGAUGAUUGAACCGCAGCUUGCCCUGCCUCAGGAUCACAAUCGAAAAAGCAUGGAUUUGGAAUCGACCUGUGGGAUUAAGCGAAACCUCCUGGAAAGCAGCCAGGCUGUUGACCGGGAUUACCAAGCGGCUGUUCGGCAGGACAGAGGACACUUGGCGCCAUCGUUCCAUCAACCAGAUCAGGAUAGCAAAGCUGCAACCUUCACCUUAACCAACAUCGUGCCCCAGUUUCGUGCCCUCAAUCAGGGAAAAUGGAGAGAAUAUGAAGAACAUAUAAAUACAGACGGGUGCCGUGAAACAUAUAUCCUUGUGGGUUCUGUACCUGGCAAUACAUUAAUCAAUGAGAGAGUGAAUGUUCCCAGUCAUAUCUGGGCUGCAGGUUGUUGUGUGCUUCAAAAAGGCAAAAGAUCCUGGGCAGUCAUUGCUGAAAAUAACCAGAAUAAGGUAGCCAAUCUUACCUUGAGCGACCUGCAAGGAAAACUUGCUAAACACUACGGGAAGAAAACAAUUGAUCUUUUCAAUAAUGCUUGUUAACUGAGCUCCCAGAGCAAAUGAAAGCAAAGUACAAACCGAGCAGCUUAGUUGUUUUACAUAUGGAAAGAAUGCAGUUAAUUUUAAUUCUGGUUUGAUCUGUAGCUUUUUUCUUUUUCCUGCUAAAUGUUGUGAAAUUCCAGGCUGUUUGAUUAGAUUGUGCUUCAGAUUAUUUAGCAACAGAACAGAAAAUAAAUGAAUCCAAUAAUCAGAUGAAGGGCAAAGUGCUGACGCAGCUAAAACAGGAUCUUGUUUAUUUGAGUUUUGAGGUUGGAUGGGCUUUAUGUGGUUUCAACCCAUGCAUAAUUUGUUAAAAGAGAACCUGCAGCGGGAAGGAACAAUUUUCAGUCCAAUGGGCUGUGUGGGAGUGAAGAGGCCCUGUAGGAAUCAAAUUUGAUUUUAUGCUAUAUAACGCUUAUAUUUGCUACAAGUAGUCCUCAAGUUAUGACAAUUUGUUUGUAUGAUGUUAUGUCAAUGCUGAAAAAAGUGUCUUGCACGCAAUCCUUGUAUGUAUGACUGCUAGAAUUCUGUCUCAAUAGCUUUCUUACUUCAUCCAAUAAACUUGCUUAUCAAAGAUCUGUGU